CACAAUGACAGUUAUUUAAAGUAAAUCAUCGCAUCUUAAAAGUUUAUUUAAAAAGAGCUUUUGUAUAAAAAUUGUUAAUUAUUUUUUGAAAUUUUUGGUGUAAUUGGGACAAUGAAAUCCCCAGCCCUAUACGUGAUAAUGAAGCAAGCAAUAUUGAUUCUUCUGUUCUAUACAAUAAGGGUUAAAAGUGAGACACCUCAUUGGGCGCCUAUAGGUAAUCCCAUGAUAACCAACUUUCCUUGCGAGCAGACAAGAGAUAUAGUCACGUGGUACGAUCCAAGUCUACCACCUAGGGAGAAAAAUAGAUACUACGUCUAUAUUCGUAAAGUUUUUCCAGAGAACAGCACAUUGAGACUAUUAUUCGAUAGAGACGUUACAAUAACGUUUAACGUUAGAACGGAAGAGAAAACAUUUGUAAGGUCUCAUUUAGAGAAAGGCUUUAACUUUUUAUUACUAUUCUUCAAAGAGAUGCAUGGCUUCGGAUUUAUAGUAAAAGGAGUUGUACCGGGAUUUAUCCCAUAUUUCGCAAGUAUAACCAUGAAUGAUGAAGAACUAUGCGACCGACCAUUCGUGGGUUAUCUCGGAGGUUACGUAGCUGACACAUUAAAUAGCGGACCACAAAAGAAUUGCGGUGUACCUAAGAAAAAACUUAAAAAUGUACUCACCCGCAGAGGUGUCGUGACGCCAGGCGAUUGGCCUUGGCACGCAGCUAUAUAUAGAUAUGAUGAAACCUUAUCAAAAUACAUCUGUGGUGGAACAUUGAUUUCUAAAACAUUCGUGUUAACAGCCGCACAUUGUGCAUCAUUAAGAGGGAUUCCACUUUCGCCUGAAGUUUUGACCGUGCACCUUGGAAAAUUCAAUUUGAAGCGUCGAAAUAUUGGAACACAAAAAAAAGAGGUUAAAAAAAUUAUCAUUCAUGAAAUGUUCGAUUACAAUCACUUAUAUAGUGACAUAGCAUUACUCACACUGAGCUCUGAAGCGAAAUUCACAAGUUACGUGCAACCUGCCUGCCUUUGGUACAGUAAAGCUGAGGAAAAACUGCCAGACAAUACAAUUAUUGGAACUGUUGUUGGAUGGGGACUAAAUGGUAAUCGGCUGAAGAAGGUAGAAAUGCCAAUGGUUUCGGAAACGACAUGCGCUUUGAGCGAUACGAUCAACACCGAACUUAUAUACGGUGAUCCGAAAUUUUGCGCAGGAUUUCUCAAUGGAUCUUCAACCUGCAAUAGUGAUAGUGGAAGCGCCUUCCAAGUCUUCGUGCCCGAUACGGUUCAAGAUUCGGAAACAAGCAGAUCAGGUGCAUGGUAUGUCAGAGGUAUCGUGUCACUAACUGCUUCCAAAUUUAAUACACCAGCGUGUGAUCCAGAUAAGUACGUUUUGUUCACCGAUAUCAACGGUUAUAGACUUUGGAUCGACGCGUAUAUUGAUAAUGAAGAUUAUUAAAUGUUAUGGAUAAAAAAGUAUUUGUAAUAAAUAUCAAUAAUUGUAUAUAUGCUAAUGUGAAUGUUAUCGAUUGUGGUCAAAAUUUAUUAUUAAAAGUUAACAGUGCUAUUU